AAAAAGAAUAUCGCAUAUGUUCAAAUCAGGAAAAAAAUGUACUUUCUGUAUAUUGGCAUAGAAUCUUCUUCACUAAGAUAACCUUUAAUGUGCCUAGGGCAUCGGCGACAGAGCCACACGGAAGACUCUGGCUUCAUCGGUCGUUAGUCACGAAUUGGGCACAAAUUUCACAACCAUGAAUGGGCUACACCUCAGCUCCAGUUCUCUUUCUCCAGCCCUCAGUGGGGUUAAUUCUAAUGGGAAGAAGGGAGUCACAGAGAUGCCUCCACCCCUCCUAAUCGGACGACCAACGAUGAUGUUCCAUCAGCCAAGGUUUAGCCCUCGUGGAGACUUGGAAAAAAAUGGAUCAAUUAGGGGCCACGGAAAGAGUCCUUUGUCGACGCCCUCUAGUCUCGUACAAAGGGCUGUGCCUGAAAGAAAUUUUUCUGGUGACACUGGUGGGCCGAACGACGGUUGUGGUGACAGGGUGAAGGUUUUUGGUAGCGUCAUGGAGAAAUCUCCUUUGACACACGUGAGCCCUGGCCAUAUGAAACUGCCGCCUGAAAAUUCUUUGACGGAACCCCAAAGAUGGGCCGCAAGCUAUGCAUUUGAUACCCAGAAAAAUCUAAUGGAGGAGUUAGUGAAAUUUGGAGAUUUCAUACUCACCAGGGAGGAGUUGUUGAGCCUAACACCAGGAGCAAUCCCAGUGGAUAACAUCUUCCACAUGUUUGCAAUGAUGCUGACUAAGUACAACAAUUGCAUGGAAGGGCCAACCUUUUGGUGUCUACCACCUUCAUUUUCGAAAGAUAUUCGUCAAGGAAAAUCGGUGAAGCAACUAGUUGCCGACUAUUCAAAAACAUGGAUGAAGCCAUCUGUCACCCUUAACUAUGUGUACCUCCCAAUAAAGGAGGAAUCCGGACUCUGGUACCUCAUGGUCAUUGCAUUUAGGGAGGGCAUGCUGUACUACUUGGAUGCAUCAAUGGGAGAGGUUGAGGCUAUGAAGCGAAAAUCGUUCAUUAGAAAGUUGGGAGACGAUGUGGCCGCAAUCAUUGCGGAGUCCACAUAUGAGGACUUCUCCACCAAGGCAGGAUGUAUUACAUGUUCUGGAAUUGCUGCCGCCAAUGGCCUUCCUAUUGCUCAGACACGGGAGACCUCGGCUAUUUGGGUCCUCAACUGGAUGGCCAUGGGUGGCGCCUUCCAACGCAAUCUGAUGCCUCAGAUGGAGGAAAAUGCUGUCAGAUUGCACACUGCUGUUGCUUUGUUAAUGGCUCCAUUCAACGAGCGAACACAAUGGAUAACCAACCAUACUUCUACAUCUUAGCUCAGAGCUAGGAUUUUUAGUUUUUUUUUUUGCAAACCAUCUAUUGAAACCUCAAUUCUACUAGUAUUAGCUCAGUUUGUCAUGCUUUGUUAUGUAUCUAUUGAAACCUCAAUGCUACUAGUAUCAGCUCAGUUUGUCAUGCUUUGUUAUGUUGUUAUCUUGUAUUAGGAGUAUAGAUGCACUCUAAAAAUGUUAUGGAUUGUUGUGUUUUGUGUCUAUGCUAAUUCUGUGUUUGGAUCA